CAUCAGUCAUUGCUUAACAUCCAACCUUCCCCUACACAAUGCCCUCCAACUCCUCCCGUUCGUCUACCCAUCGAGGAAAGCACGGAAAGUCCUCCUCGUCCUCCUCGUCGUCUCACAAGCACUCCUCCAAGUCCGCAAGCAAGCCUAGCAACAGUGUUGUCAAGGCGUCUGAGCACGACAUCUACCACCAAGAGAAUACCUCUUUGUGGCAAGAUGUCAAGUCCACGGAGGGGAACCCUAGCACGCUCGUCCUUGCUCUUGUAGCACCGGAGCAACGCAAGGCCAUGAACAAGCUUAUCACUGACAAGAUCAAGAAGAAAAAGAUACGAUCAUCCGUUGUCGUCACUACCCAAGACCAACUCCAAGAGCAUCUCGGAAGCGCUAUGACUAACAGCAUCGCCGCCAAGAAAGCUUUCAAGACUUUACAUCUCCUUGUGAGCUCCACAGUCGCUCAGUUGACAUACAACACCGACGGCUUUGUCGACCAAGUUUUCAUCAGGCCUUGCGGAGCUGGUGGGCGACCAGAUGCUCUUCGAAUUGGAAGCUCCUCCACCUACUGUGGUUUUAAAACCUAUGCUUGGGACGCUCGUCCUCACCAGCUGCAACAGAGCAAGAAGGAGUUGACUCAUCUCGAGGGCUGCAACUUUGACCUUAGUGACUGUUCAGAUGAAGCCAUUCGUCUUCUUCAGCAGCCAAGGGAUGUUGUUAAUCUUUCACACGAUGUGAAAUACAACGUCAUGCAGCAAGUCCUAGAGCUUAGAGACACAGAAGUCAGUGAGAAAGCCAGAGAAUCGUCUGACUGUUGCGCUGAUGGCACAGAAACAUGGUUCCAGAAAUGGAAGAGCCUUCUAGCCACGGUCAUGGCAGCUGGUGCUGGUGCUGGUGUAGCUGGCAUGGCCAGCGGCUUCUGGAUGAGCGCUGGGGGCAUACUGGUCAAGGGGCCUUGUGGGCUCUACAUGGCCGCUGGGUAUGCUACAGUAGCUGGUGCCGGAGCCGUCGGUGCUGCCGGAAUCGGCUCAGCAGUCGCCGCUUAUGGCAUGGUUUACUUUAUUCCAUGGGAUCGUGUCUGGAGUUUACUUCGAGCGAAACUUUGGCAGAUUUGGGACAAGAUCUGGGAAGUUCUCGUUUGGAUCAAGGACAAGCUGGCCGAAUUGGCUACUCAGGAAGUACCAUUGUUUGCAGGGAAUUAUCACAAAUAA